CUUUGGUUAUGUUUUCAUUUAUCAAGUUGUAGUAUUGCAUACAUGAAGUAUUCAAAAUUGAAAGCGAUAAAUUGGGGUCUACCUCUUGCUGGACACAAACUUAAUGUAACACCAAUAGCAACGAGUAGAGUGACAAAUCAUAUCAAGUGUAUGGUUCACUGCGCAAAAACUGAGGGGUGUGUGGCUAUAAAUCUCGGUCCCGCACAAGCCGGACAGCACGAGUGUGAAAUGUUGGAAACAACACGAUAUUCAAUAUUAAAUAUUUUAUCUGCGAAAACUUUCACUGCGAAAGCUGGCUGGACAUACAUUGGACCUAAGGUAUAUUAUAUUAAUUGUAAGAUACUCUGCAGUGUUAGUAACAUAUCAAACUAUCAGUAUCAUUGUUAAUACAAUUAUAGUUAUUCCAUCUAACUAAAGUUUGAACUGGAGAUUUACAAAUAUUUAUAUUUACUAGACUAAAUGCGAGGCUAAUCCAUGUCGUAAGAAAUUAUUAUGCAUUGAACGUGAACCUGAUUACAUCUGCAUAGAUCCAGUCAAAGCCAAAG